AUGUCAAUAAACAAUAAUGUGAUAGAUGUUUUACAAGAUCAAAAGUGGGCGCCUAUGCCCUGGAAAAAGUUGCAGGUCAGAGAUAUUAUCAAGGUGAUGAUGAAUUCAAUGAAUGUUCCUUCCAAAAGAAGUACACUGGAGAGGAAACUUGACAAGCUCAUACUCGCUCUCUUUGCAACACUCUUUAUGAUGUGUUUCAUUGGAGCCAUAGGCAGCGCUAUUUUUGUGAACAAAAAAUACUUCUAUUUACAUCUUGAUUCAUCAGAGGAGGGCUCAGCACAGUUCAAUCCAAAAAACAGAUUUCUGGUUUUUAUCCUGACUAUGUUUACCCUUAUCACACUGUAUUCAACAAUCAUCCCAAUUUCACUUUAUGUGUCUAUAGAGAUGAUAAAAUUUAUUCAAUCAACUCAAUUUAUCAACAAGGAUUUGGGAAUGUACCACAAUGAAACUAAUACACCGGCACUGGCCAGAACUUCAAAUCUGAAUGAAGAACUUGGACAGGUGGAAUACAUUUUCUCUGACAAAACUGGGACCCUAACAAAUGGAGUUCUUCAAGUGUUCGAUAGGAGUAGAGGUCUAUGGAAAUGGUGUGACUGA